AUGAGUGAAGUCAAGGAACCUCUAGCUGUUGAAAUUACUAAAGAGGAAUCAAAUGUUCAUCAUAAGCAUUUUAAAUACGAUAGAGAAGAAAGAAAGAAAAGAUAUCAAGGUGGCGUUAAAUUAAAAGAUGCUUUAAUGAUCUUUUGUGCUGGUUUUGCAUUAGUUUCAGAUGGGUAUCAAAAUAAUGUCAUGUCUAUGUUAAACAAGGUGUUUGCUUUGAUGUACCCAAAAGAAUAUACUUCGGGUAUGUCAACACAAGUUUCAAAUGCUUCGUUAGUAGGUACAAUUUUUGGUCAAGUUGCAAUUGGUGUUUGUUGUGAUUACAUUGGUCGUAAGUUCUCCAUUGUUUUAGGUAGUUGUUUUUUAAUUUUUGGUUCAAUGAUGUGUGCUGCUUCUCAUGGUAAAACUGUUAAUGGUAUGUUUUGGAUGUUGACAAUUUUUAGAGGUGUUACUGGAUUUGGUAUUGGUGCUGAAUAUCCAAGUUCUUCAACCUCAGCUAGUGAAGCUGCUAAUCAUUCUGUUAGAAGAAGAGGUGGUGCUUUUGUUUUAGCAACCAAUUUACCUUUAUCUUUUGGUGGUCCAUUUGCUUUGAUCAUUUUCUUGAUCGUAAACAAGAUAACAAAGCUGUCAUUAGAUGCUUUAUUUAGAACAAUGUUUGCUAUAGGUAUGUAGAAUAUCGGGUCUUCUAAUUGGAUAGAUCGUGCUUGAUUUGAUGAAAGCAUUUGAGGUAAUUUUUAUAGUUUUUGGCUGCAAAAACAAAUUUUACUCAUUUGAUCAACAUCAAAAUUGGCUUAGAUUCAACUGACCCCAACUUAAUACUAACGUUCUAGGUUGUUUCUGGCCAUUAUCUGUCUUAUAUUUCAGAUUGAAAUUGGUCACUUCCGAGUUAUAUACUAAGUCUGCUAUAAAACAUAAAGUUCCUUAUUGGUUAGCUUUCAAAUUUUAUUGGAUGAGACUACUCGGUGUCUGUUUAGCAUGGUUUCUUUAUGACUUUGUGACCUUUCCUAAUGGUAUCUUUAGUGCCGGUAUGCAGAGACUUUUGGCUUUGAUUAAAAUUGUUUUAAAGUGCUCAAUGUCCAUUAAGUCAAUUUUUUUCAAAAUUUUCAGUUUUUAAGAUGUUACUGACAAUCUGUAGGUAUCAUAUCAAGUGUUACCAAGGCUAAAUCUACUCCCCAAGAUACGUUAGAGAAUGUGGCAGAAUGGAACCUUCUUCUUGGUGCCAUUGCCCUUCCUGGUGUCUUUGUUGGUGCUUAUUUAAUAGAUAUAAUAGGAAGAAAAUAUACUAUGAUGAUUGGUUUCUCUGGUUAUAUUGUUUUUGGAUUAAUUGUUGGUUGUGCUUAUGAACAACUCAGUAAAAUUACUGCUUUAUUCAUUGUCUUUUAUGGAUUAAUGCAAUCUUGUGGUAACCUAGGACCAGGAAAUGUAUUGGGAACUGCUUCAAGUGAAUCAUUUGCUACUCCUGUAAGAGGUACUGGUUAUGGUAUUGCUGCUGCUAUUGGUAAAGUUGGAGGUAUGUAUCUUUUAAAUCUAGUUAUUUUACGAUGAAAAUUUGGAGACUAACAUAGGUACAGCGGUCGUCGGAACAAAGGUGUUUACACCAAUACAAAACAAUCUCGGAAAGCGUUGGACUUUCAUUAUCGCCGCUAUUUGUGGACUUGCUGGUGUGAUUGUAACGUUUUUAUUUGUUCCUCAUUUAAGAGACGAUGAUCUUCUUGAGGAAGAUGUCAGAUUCAAGAAUUAUUUAAUCGAUAAUGGAUGGACUGGUAAAUUUGGUAUCAAAUCUUAUGAUGAAGAAGAAGAUUUAGAUUAUAGUGAAGAUUCAGGAUCGGAUAUCAAAGAAAAUUUCAAAAUUGAAGAAAAUGAAAAAGUUCAUUAG